UUUAUAUAGGACCUUAAAUAUGUAUCAAAAAGCAAUUAUUCAAAACGUGGUAUCUACAGCUACUCUACUUGAAGGUGGCAACAAAUUAAAUCUUAAUAAACUUGCAGCUAAUAUUCCUAAUGCUAAAUAUCGUCCUGAGCGCUUUUCUGCUCUAACAACAAAGAUAAAAGAACCAUUAACUGCUACCGCUCUACUUUUUGCUAAUGGCCGUAUAGUUUGUGUGGGAACAAAAUCAGCAAGGGACUCGGAAACCGCUAUUCACCAUUUUGUUAAAAUAAUUUCCGCAGCAGCCGAGUUAUUCAUAAAUAUGCACAAUUUUAGAAUUCAGAAUAUAGUUUCUUCUUUUACAUUUGGAGGAUUCAUAAAUAUGCCAGGUAUCUUAAUUAUCGUGUAA